CGGGCGUGGGCGGUGGCGGCAGCGGCUUGGGCGGCGCGGGUGCCAACGCCGUUUAGCCACCGCGGCCUCCUCGCUCUCCACGCCGGCCUCGGAGACGCCGCGCUGGGGAGGCUGGGCGCUCGGGUCCAUCGCACCAGACCUUCAGGCACCGUGUGCCAAAUCCUUACCGCUUGCCACAUGAGUCCAAGUCAUGACGGACGCCACCUAUGUCCUCUGCAAAUGGAAAGAGCGAUUAUGGCCUGCAAAGGUUUUGACUGGAACUGAGAUGUUACCUAAGAGAAAAAAGGAAUUGUUUCUAAAUGUUCAAAUACUCUCCGUAGGCGAAGAAAUGAGAGUGAAAAGAACGGAAGCCGAGGUCCUAAGGAAGUCCCACAUUGAGGACAUUGCUACUUUAUUGGCCUCACAGAGCGAGGUUUCAGCAGAACCUGUGGAGGAGUUAACCUACAGACGGUCGCUUCGAGUGGCUCUGGAAGUUUUGAAUCAGAGAACCUGUUCGACCCAAGAAAGCUCUUCAAGGGAAGAAGGAACUGCUGUGACUGCAGGAGAGAAACACAUGGAACUGGCAUCCUCACUCUGUGAUCCCAGUCCUUCAUUUCUUCUCCAUGAGGGGGUGUUGAAGAGGUCCGGACCUGCGAGAAGGGAACGAGUGUAUCAGAGGCUAUCACGCUCAUCCACUGGUGAAAGUGACCUCAAGUGCCAAGCGGACCACAAAAAGAGGACUGGGGAAAGUGAAAGUCCAUUUGCCCUGGUGAUCUCAGCUGGAGGUGGUUCUCAGGACCGGAGUAGAUCAAGAAUACACCUCGAAAAUGGGACGACCCUGAGUAAAAAGGGAAGAAAUUUGGCACAGGAGCCCAGUGGGUGUCGGAAUGGCCCUUCCCUUCCAGUGGGAGAUGGGGAAAGAGAAAGUGAGGAAGAGGAGGGCGACCCAGCAGCCCAGAGCAUACCUUCUGCAGUUAGGAAGCACGGUCUCUGUGCCAAAGGGCGCCACCUGGGUUUGCCAUCAGGCAGCCCAACCAUGCACUCAGCCUGCCUGGAUUCUCGAGACCCACCCACUAAGCAACUGUGCUCCGGUAGCACCCAGAGAUCAGGGCCAAGGGGAUGCAUGAUUCUGCGCAGUGCCAGUAGGCCCACCCCCAUUGCUCCCUCAGAGGACACAAGUCGUCAUGUCCUGGAGGAAGACCGUCAGUCUUCUGAAGAGUCAAUGGAGUUUGAUCCCAUUAAUUCCAUUCUGGAGGAGGAAGAGGAGGAUGAGGAGCUCCCAAGAAUCCUUUUAUAUCAUGAACCACGUUCAUUUGAAGUAGGAAUGUUGGUCUGGCUUAAAUACCAAAAGUACCCCUUUUGGCCUGCAGUGGUCAAGAGCAUCAGGCGGAGAGACAAGAAGGCAAGUGUGCUUUUCAUUGAAGGACACAUGGACCCGAAAGGGCGAGGCAUCACAGUGCCUCUCAGGAGGCUGAAGCACUUCGACUGUAAAGAGAAACAGGCACUUCUGAACAAAGCCAAGGAGGACUUCGACCAGGCCAUUGGCUGGUGCAUCUCCCUGAUCACUGACUACAGGGUCCGGCUUGGCUGUGGUUCCUUCUCUGGCUCUUUCCUGGAAUAUUAUGCAGCUGAUAUAAGCUAUCCUGUCCGCAAGUCCAUCCAGCAGGAUGUCUUAGGGACCCGGUUCCCUCAGCUCUGCCAGGAGGACCCCGAGAUGCCUGUGGCUGGGAGCCCCUGGGGCAGGAGGCAGCCCUCCAGAAAAGUCCUGCCCGACCGCUCUCGGGCCGCCCGGGACCGUGCCAACCAGAAGCUGGUGGAGUACAUCGUGAAGGCGAGGGGCGCUGAGAGCCAUCUGCAGGCCAUCUUAAAGAAUAGGAAGCCAUCCAGGUGGCUGAACACAUUUCUGAACUCGGGGCAGUACAUGACGUGUGUGGAGACAUACCUGGAGGAUGAGGAGCAGCUGGACCUCGUGGUGAAGUACUUGCAGGGGGUGUACCAGGAGACGAGCAGCAGGAUGCUGACACAGAUCAGUGGCGACAGGAUCCGCUUCAUCCUGGACGUCCUUCUGCCUGAAGCCAUCAUCUGUGCAAUCUCUGCGGUGGAUGCGGUAGAUUAUAAGACAGCCGAGGAGAAGUACAUCAAAGGACCUUUGCUGAGCUACCGGGAAAAAGAAAUGUUUGACAACCAGCUCCUAGAAGAAAGGAACCAGCGAUGCUGACAUGGGAAAGCACCAUCGUGUGGUAGUGAGAGCUGCCUGAGGCCCCUGUUCUGUUGAACACGUUUUCUGGAGAUGGGAUUGGGGAGAUGUGUAUAUCAGAUGUAUCUGUGGUUUCUAUUUUCCUGGCUUUUUGGGAAAGAUACAGUGUCCUGAAAGGUUUUUAGAAGGACAAAAAUGACUUAUUUUGCUUUAUAUCAUUACUUGUGACUGUAUGGAAUAGUUUAAUAUAAGGUACACAUUUGUCUUUUUAUGUUAAAAAGCAUUGUAUCCGAUAUUAAACAGGAGUUUUAAAAAAAAAAGUUUGAUAUGAAUGUAUAGCUCCAGAGACAUUGUGUAUUUUUCCACCUC